UCUUCAGCAAGGAGCAGCCCUGACCAACACGGACAUGGGCACUCUUGGCAAUCAACCAUGGUGGAAUGUGCCUGAAAACUUCGACAUGCCCCUGGUUUUCUACAUUGAGGCAGAGCAGGAGGACUUCAUAUUCGGUCCAGCAGACACGUACCUUCGAAGCAUCGAGGUGCACAGCCAAACCCUCGUGCAGCUGGAGAGCUGGUUCACGGUCGCGGGGCACACUCGCGUCACUGUCGUGGGGCCACGCCGAGCUAGGGAGUGGCUGCUGGACAUGAUCAGGAGUGUGUGGAGCAAAGAUUUCAACCGUCAGAACCGAGGCCUGCAGAUGCUGCAGCGAGUCCGAAGACAGCGGCUGACCGAGGCCGACUUCAGCAUGAGGCAGUGGCCGGACAACUGGGACCCCUCUCUGGCGUCCUUUAUGAAUGGAAACGUGACUGUGGGAGUAUGCCUCUCUCGCUUGUUUGAUUGUUUGGGAUUUCCUUGAAGUUCACUCAUCCAUAAUGAAGACUGACCUCCUCUGGGAAAGUAGGAUGUGAGGGAAAGUCUUGACCACCCUUGUUAAGAAAGACUUCUGAGAAUGACAAUGGGGGAAGUUUGAUACUGGUGCCCUAAGUGUGAGGCUGUCUAUUGGCAAAGAAAAUCAAUAAACCAAGCUCUGUCAUUUGUAAA